AUGCGCCGGCUCAACUUCCUUCUUUUCGCUGGAACCGCACUCUGGGGUUCUGUAUCUGGCCUCGCCCUCACCCUUGAAGCCCGCCACGACGGACUCAACGUCAACCGGCGUCUCGAUUGCUACCGUACGCCAGACUGCCAAGACCUUCGCGUGAAACAGUGCAGCCCGGGCUACACCUACGUCGGGUGGGCGAAGGACUCGUGCCACGAGGUGAGUAGAAUGAGACACAAUCCAGUCGGGGGAGGAGGGACUUGUGAAGCUGACAGCCCUGAGCAAAAGACAAAUUCGGGGAAGCCAAUUUGCUGCCACGACGACACCGUGGAGCGCUUCGGCGUCGACGCCAACGGGAAGAAGAGGGAAUGCAUAUGGCGCGGCACUGGCCCGAACUGCAACGGCGCCGGCGAAGAAGGCGAAGUCGUCCUGUUCAAGUCCGGCAACGGCGGGGGCCCGACCGAGUCCGACCAGAGCCAGUGUUCCACGGGGUAUAAGUACUUCACGUGUCCCUUGCCGGGCUGGGAUCAAAUGAUGGCCGAGUGUCGAUGGACCGAGUGCCAGGGUCAAUGUCGGGCCGACGAGGCCCAGGUCGCCACCAACAACGAGAUGUACGGCCGGUGCCCGCACCCGCACCUUGCGCGGUACGUGAAGCUCUGCUGCCGGCUGGGCAAGCUCAAGAAGCCGUUGACCAGCUGCCACUGGGUCGGCUACGACCGCUGCGACGACAACACGUGCCACCCGGACGAGGUCACCGCGGCGCGGAGCGAGGUCGGCUACGGCUAUGGCUGUCAGUACCAGGGGGAUUUUGAAAAGGAAGGGAAAGCUGACGAGUAA